AUGUCUAUCUCCAUCUCGUACCUUACCAAGUAUCUUGGAUCAGAGGUCCAGGUACAAUUGGCCACUGAUUUGUCCCAGAAAUUAUCCGAAGAUAUCGAACAUGUUCAAGCUUUGUACGACUUGUUGGACGUGGUGGAUUUGAACGAUCAUCACGAGAUACACUCAGCGAUUUUAGAAUAUUUCACAGACGCUAUUUACAGCUCAGAAUCCUCGAAGUAUGAGUAUGCUGCCAAAUAUAUCCAGAAAGUUCCAAGGUUACGCCAAGAUAUCUUAUCUAAAAUUUCCAAGUCUUUACACCAAUACAUAAGUCAAAAUAUAAACUGGUUCAUCCCCGAAUUCUCUAGCAUUUUGGAGAUCCAGAUAGACAGAGAUGACUCCAUCGAAAUUUCCAACCAGGAGGUUAUUUCCUUGUUUCAAUUCUUGGAAUAUUUGUUGACCAUUACCGAAAAGAAUAUGGAAAUUUUGGAUCCAGUUAUUUUAAUGUUUCUUGGUAUCAAUGAUGAAACCAUAAACUCUCUCAUGACCCAAUUAUUGCGUUGGAGAAUUGAUGAUAUCACAAAUAGUAUUGGAUCGUUCAAGAUUUGGGAGAUCAUUUUUACCUUGGAAGCAACUGGAGUGAAAUCGCAUAAAAGCAAUGGUUUCAUAUUAUGGUUACGUUAUUUGAACAGCCCCAACUUUGUUGCAGACAAAACUUUCGAAGAAGUUGCCCUGAAGAGCAAUUAUUGGGGAGUAUUGCAGAACGGUCUUUCAAGCGUUUCCCACGAGCAUCGUAAAUUCUGCUUAUCAAUCUUGCAAUUAUCAGUUCAGAGUAUCAAGUUUGACAUUUCUAAUGAUUACAUCACUUGGAAUACUUCAGAAUCGUCAAUUCACCUUGAAGAGUGGUCAAGAUAUACUACUCUUUUUGAAGUUAUGGGAGUUGAUACCUCCUUGCAUCAAGCAGUUGCUGGAUCGAAUGAUAUCAUUGGAUUAAUUUCUUCCAACUCCUUGAUCCAUCCAUCCUGGGGAUUUUGUUUAUUAUCGACAGGAUUCAAGGCCACCAUGGAUUCAGUAAAGAAAUUUUCUUUGAAUCUAUUGUUAUCUAUACCUCCGGAGCACCUCUACUUGAUGAAGUAUGGACUUCCAUUCUUGGAACAGAUCUAUUUGCCAUAUGCUAUGUCCGCUCAUCUCUUUAUUGUCAGAAAUGUUGAUGGAUUCAGUAAGUGUGAGUUUGGUGAUAGAUUGUCUAACUUCAUUGCAAGCUUGGUUUCUAAUUUGCGUACAAAUGAUGAAUAUGAAUUAGUACUUGGUUCGAUUAUGAAAGUUUUGGAGAACUUGAAAGAAUCUUUUGAUCCUGCAAGAAUAUAUGUCACACGUGGUAUUGUGAAGGGUCUUGGUGAUAAGCAAGUAUUAAAAUUUGGAGUUCACGACAAGAUUCUCUUGAAGUUAUUUGAAAAUACAUCCGAAGGUGAUCUCUUUGAAACCGCAUGUCAAACCCUUAACCUUCAAAUUUUACUUCAUUUCGAAUUAUCUGAAACUCAAUUUAUCGAAACUUUAGACAAGUUUGUAAAGUUAAAUGGCUAUAAAUUGGUUAAUGAUAAUUUAAAGGAUAUUAAAAAUUACUUUUCUGGUUCCACUAAUUUGUUCGAAUCCUUAAAAAGACAGGAAUCAGAUGAUUCCAAGGUGUUUUUAUUACCAUUUAUUGAUGAUGAUCAAUUGAUUCCUUAUAUCUUGACUGAAUCUAAAUACUUCCUCGUCAAAAUUUUAGAAUCGGGCUUGAAUUUAACAUUUUUACAAGAUGAUAGAAUUCUUGAAGCUUGCUCUGAACUCAUUAAUAGUGAUUUAUUGAUCCAAAAUGAGGAAAUCAUAUCAUCAUUGUCAAGAGUCCAGUUCAACUCAAAUUCAGUCAUUCAAGCUGAUCCCUUGAAAAAAUUGUGGAAGACAAUUGAAGAUGAACUUCAACUGGAUAACUAUCAUACCUUAACGGUUGCGGUUAAGAAGUUUAGAUUGUUCAAUAAGUUGGUUCGGUUCCAACAAUUCUUUGACUCGUACACAACUAUUCUCGAUUUGCAUAAGUCAAUGUUGUCAAAUACUCUCGAGUUAACCAAAACGGUCAAGAAUUUUUACAAAAUAAAAGAUGAAAUUUAUGGCGAGUUCUUUACUUUGCUUGAAACUUGCUCCAAUUAUGGACUCUUCGAUCAAGUGUCAAUAAUUCAGGUUUUGGACUUGGUUAAUGCCAACUCCUCUGAUUACAGAUCCAACAUGGCGAUGGUGAAGAUUAUGCAGAAUUAUAUUAUAAACUGUGAAGUUUCAAAUGAUGAAUAUGAGCAAAUAGCAGAGUUUUUGGCAGCAAUGUGGGAUAACUUAGACUCCUCCAGAUUGCAAUUGAAUCAGAAAGACUUGCAUGUUCUUUUUAUCAACACCUUGUAUCAUAGCAAACUUUUAUCAUCUACAACAUCCAGUGAGAAGGUCUGUGAUCGUUUAACCCAUGUUGGCUUAUCAAUCAUUGAGAACUCCCAAGGUAGGAGAAGUUUGCUUCCUAGCUUAGCAAAAGCCUUAUCUUUCUUCCAAGUCAACCACAACCAGUACUUUGAAUCGGCAUCAUGGUUACCUGAGAUUCUAGUAAGAUCAUUAAUAUUGUUCCAAUUAAGAAGUAAUGUUUUUAAAUUGGAAAAGAUUAUUGGUACAUUUUUCGAUGAAGAAAUAUCCUCAUCUGAGUCUCAUUUAUACCAGUCUAUUUACGGUCCGGAUGAGGUAAGCUCUAAGGUUUGGAUUUUGACAAUUUUGAGUUCAAUUAAAUCUACCAAAUUUGCCAAUCAAAUCAUGCAAUUUAUAAUUGACAACGAAAGAGAAUUUUACUUCUUGCAAGUGAACAAAUCAACAGAUGGGUUGGAGGAGUGGACAAGAAUUCAAUUACUCUCUAUUAUUAUCAGUAUCAUUGAUGUCGUCGAUUUUGAUGAUUAUAUGGAAUCAUUCAUCAAGUUGUUGGAGACUGAUCCAAGUCCUUUGGCAAGACUGUACGUCGAAUGGAUUGUCUCCUACAAAUUGUUGAGCAACGAAAAGUACACCAAAUACAUCUUCGACUCAUUAUCCAAUGAAAUGAUCACUUUAAAACCAACAGUGAUAACAUCCUACGAGAGAACAUUAGUUUUGAUGAUCCAACACUUAAGCUCAUCACAAGAAUCGGACUUUAUUUCGAAGUUCUUAACCAUAAUCAUCCCAGGUGCAACCUCGAACAAAGCAUCGACUAGACACUUUUCUUUGUCGUUGCUUUUGUCUAUUUUCGAAGGAAUCAAAGUUAGGGGCAUCAAGUUAAAUUCCCAUAUUUCAGAAAUGUUGGAAAAUAUGCACAAAUCGGCUUUGAAAUCUGAUUCAUUUGGACAGUAUAGAAGUGGGGAUGCUCUCUUAUGGGAUAUCAAAAAGGAUAUGACAUUGGUUGGUAUCAGUGGUGGUGUUCUUAUGAGAAUUAGUGACAGAGAAGAAAUAGAAUUUAUUCCAAGAGAAGUUUAUCUCGAGUACUUGACUCCAGAACAAAUUGCGUUCUUGAACCAUCCAGUUGGAGAAGAUUUGAAGGAUCUCUGGGUAAAAGAGCGCAAGGUUCAAAAGAGAGCCACAAAAGUUCCAGAAAGCUCGGCCCAAUCUCCAUUACAGACAAAGAGUGGUGCAUGGAAUACUAUAAUGGACGUUGAUGUUACCGCUAGGGGAAGCGAUAUCGUUAGAAGUGACCUUAUUGUGGUUUCUUCUUUAGUGAAUAAACUUCCAAAUUUGGGAGGUAUCUGCAGAUUAUCGGACGUAUUAGGAGCAGGUUUGUUGACUUUAAAUGAUCUCAAUGCUAAAACACAACAACAAUUCAAGAGUGUUGCUGUUACUGCUGAUCAAUGGAUGCCAAUGAUCGAAGUUAAGGUCGAAGAGAUCAAGAACUUCUUAAAAGAGAAAAAGAGGGAGGGCUACACAUUAAUUGGCUUGGAACAAACUGAUAAGUCGGUUGAAUUGAAUAGCGAAUUGAAAUUCCCAAAGAAGUCUUUGAUUUUGUUGGGAAGAGAGAAGGAAGGUGUUCCUGGUGAUUUGUUAUCUGAGCUUGACAUGUGUGUUGAGAUCAAACAGGUUGGUGUUAUCAGAUCAAUGAAUAUCCAAACUGCCACUGCCAUUAUUGUUCAUGCAUACUCCAGUCAGCAUUGUUAG